GAGGUGGUUGUGGUUGGGGGGGGAAGGUGAUGAUGUAGGUAGGAGGGACUGACAUGAUCACUUCACUCCGCACCUCAGUCACUCAAACAACUAUAACAUUUUAAGGUGCAGUCUGUAAAGAAAAGCAAAGAUGCAUUCCACACUCCUACUAGUGAUCUGCAUAUCAUUUGCUACAUCAACCUCGGCAAGUUUAGCAGACUACAUCAGUGGCUCUCAGACAAUAGGUGUACAAGGUCGCAGACCUGUUCCCUCGAGUUUAAACGCCGGUAAUGUUGGUCGUCUUGGUAGUGAUGUCCGCAGUGAAGCAUUUGUAGCUAGUGACAGCCAGAGGAUAACAGGAACUGGAUCAUUGGUAGGUGGAAGCUCGUCCACUGGGAAUGGCCGAAGUGAUGAGAGGGGACAAUUUGGCAGACAAAAUAUACAAAGUGUUGGAUCUUCAGGUCCCUCUGUUGGAGGCAGACCUGGUCAGAGACUAACGCCAGAUCUUGGUACGGCCCCAGGAACUUCAGGAACACUCACUUCAGCUGGAAGUGCCGGUGCAUCUCCUUUCGAUCAAGGAAGCGGCAGGGUCGGUCAAGCCGGCAAUGGUCCUGCUCCAGUCAGGAGAGUAGAAUUUCAAAUUACUCCUACAGUUACGAAGGUGGCGACUGUUGAUCACUUCAUCACGCUAACUGACCUGGCAUUCCAUAGUGUUGCAGUGACCCUGACUUCCCUCAGUGUGCAGACUAUCACUACUACUACACUUGCCGUACUACACACACCAGUUAAUGAUCACGUUGCUCUGCAGUCUACUGUGGUUCUGCGGCCAUCAUACAUAACUGUUACUUGUGUGAAAUCAGACUUCAGCCUAGUAACAGAAGUCUCUGUGGACCAUGUGACUAUUACUCACACUUCAUAUAUAAUCCAGCAAACUACUUACACCACGACAGCCACCCAAGUAUUAACUUUGACCUCGCCUCUAGUACGGACGAUAAUAAGGACUGCAAGAGAAACGCUUACAGACUACCGCACAGUCACUGAUACUGUUCUAGCUCUGGCGCCUACUAUGGAUUUUAAUCUUUUAACUUUUAAUUACUGUUAAAACUGAAUUAACUUUGUCUUUGUAUUUAAUUUCUGAGAUAAUGCACUAGAUACUAAUUCACUAGU